GUUUCUGCUUGGUUUCUGCACUUCCUGGAGCCUUAAAUCCUCCAUGUGCACCCUCUGCUGUCUGGAUCUCCAUCCAGGACAAGCUUAUUGCUAUACAGCACAUACUGAGAUCUCUCGCGAAUAUUAGAUUUGCUGGUUGGAAUCGAACAACCCGAGAGUCAACUUCGACCGUGAACUUCUCGCGCACGUUGGGACGCGUACACGAGAUUGUGUUCGACCUCUAUACACCGGCUAACACGACGUGCAAGUGGGCAGGACGGACUACAGAGUACGAAAGAGAUGGAGCCUUAUACUCCCCGACGACGGAAGAAGAAUUUGACGUUGUCGACGAAGGAGUAUACGAAGGUGACAGGGACGAUAGCGUCUGUUCGGCGAACGCGUCAAUAUGUCGAAGACGGAUAUGAAGAGGAUCCUGGAGUUUUUUCUGCACGUCCCAGCCUGGAUAGAGCACCUGAGGAACCGUCCUUCUACGCGGAGACAUCGUUCGUGCGCGCUCCGCUCAACUCGAGAGUAGCAUCCGGCACAGCACCAAAGGACAAGAGCAAAGGCAAGGGCAAGGCGAAGGCGAAGGAGAGCUUCGAGGGUGUUCCUCUCGAGGUACAAGAGGCACUUGUCCUGGAGGACCUCUUAUUUGUUUUGAUGGGCAUUGAGGGAGUGUAUGUCACUCACCUUCCUGACUACUCUCCAGAUGACGAGGACCCAUUGCAAGGGGUAACUUUCGUCGUGUCUCCCUCAUUAGACCCUUCGUUGCGUGACCUCGUCGAACGCAUUUUACCACUUGCAACAUACUACACUGCUGUGACUUCCUUCAUCGAGCUACGGAGCCAUUUAGACUUUGGGCUUGUGAAUCAUGCGCUAUGCGCUGCCAUGCGCGACAUGCUCAAAGAGUACCAAACUCUUCUUGCCCAGCUCGAACACGCUUUCAGCACCUCCUCCUCAUUCACCCUGCAGAAGCUCUGGUUCUACGUGCACCCCACCCUGCACACCCUCUCUUUACUCUAUCUCCUCACUACCGAGCUUGCGAGAGCAGAUGGUACCUCCGACGCGCAGUCCGAGUCAGAGUCCGAGAGCUCGGUUGACAGCGAGGAGGCGGCGCGCAACGAGGCGCUCGGGCUCGGCGGCGCGAAGCUCAAGGCUAUGCUCAGCGAGAUAAACAAGGGCGUGGAUGAAGGUGCGAGCGCGACCCCAGUGAAGGGCGGCGAGGUGCUUGCGAUCAUCUUCGAGCGCAUGCAGAACAUGUCGGGCGACCCUGCGGCGCGAGCGCUGUACGGCGAGCUGCUCCGCGCCGCGGGAAAGCCAUAUAUCGAGAUGCUGCAGGCUUGGAUACUAAUGGGCCGGCUGGUUGACCCGUAUGAGGAGUUGUGCGUCAAGGAAAGCAAGUUCAUCGAUCGCGGGACGCUCGAGGUGGACUAUACGGACGAAUACUGGGAGCGGCGAUAUACCUUGCGAGACGGCUCGACAACCGGUGGAUCUUCCCAAACCGCCGGAGUGCCUCCGCCACGUACUCCAGGUGGUCGGUUACCUGGGGGUGCCUGUGUCCCUCCUAUGCUGGAGAAGUGGAAGCAUAAGAUACUCCUCGCGGGGAAGUACCUGAACGUCAUCCGGGAAUGUGGUAUUGAGAUCAGGCGUAAUUCAAACCAAGCCGAUGACGAUCUGUCCUUGGACAAUGAGAAAUUAUACAAAUCGAUCGAUGAGGCGUACACUCACGCGAACCACACUCUGCUCGAGCUGCUCCUGCGGGACCAGCAGCUAAUCCCGCGGCUGCGCUCCUUCAAACGGUUCUUCUUCCUCUCGCAGUCGACGUUCAUCACACAUCUCCUUGACCUCUCGCACUCGGAGCUACGCAGACCCGCGAAGGGCGCAUCGCUUGUGAAGCUGCAGAGCCUGCUCGACCUCGCGCUCAACACAGACACGCAGGGCGAGGAUGCGAUGUUCCGUGAGGACGUAUGCGUCACCAUGGCGACGAGCGGGCUGUAUGAAUGGCUGAUAGAUGUACUGCGGGAGCAUGGAGUGAUUGGCGAGGACACUGGCAAGCGGACGGAUGCGCAUUCUAGAGAGGAAUCGAAAAAGGACAGGGACAAGGAUGAGAAGAAGUCAUUACAAGCGAUCGACGCGCUGACGUUGGACUACACUGUCAAGUUCCCCCUCUCGCUCGUCAUCUCGCGCAAGACCGUCCUGCGCUACCAGCUGAUCUUCCGCUUCCUAUUGCAUCUCAAACACGUCGAACAGACGCUGACGAGCAUGUGGCUCGAGCAGAAGAUGCCUAUAUGGCGCCGCGCACCCCCUGCGAGCGAGUGGGGCAUGCAGCUGGAGAACUGGCGCAAGCGCGUGUUCCUGCUGCGGGCGCGCAUGCUUGCGUUCGUGCAACACAUACUGGGAUUUACGACGUUCGAGGUACUCGAGCCGAACUGGCGCAAGCUCGAAGGAAAACUCGAGGCGCGGAAGGUGGAGACGGUUGACCAGCUUCUGAAGGAACAUGUAGAUUUCUUGGAUACAUGCCUGAAGGAGUGCAUGCUGACCAGCUCGAGGCUUCUUGGUGCUUACUCGCGCCUCAUGACGACGUGCUCCACAUUUGCGCUGUAUGCCGCUUCUUUCACGAAGUCGUUGAACAGCGCGUUCGCUUCGGAGGGUGUGCCUGAGGGCGAUAAGGAGUUUGCGAAAAGGUGGGACUACCUGAAUAAGUUCGAGACGCACUUCAAUCACUGGUUCAAGAUUCACCUCGACCUUGUCCAGUACGACGCUUCCCGCGAGAACGUAACAUUGCUGCCUUUGGUUGUCCGGCUAAGCAGUAUCAAGUCUUCGCUUUAGUUUCAGCGUCUCGCGUAUUGCUUUGACGCCUC